GGCCCCUCGGCCGUCCGACAAUUCAACCGCAUCGCAUCGCAUACCCAUGAACGUCUCUGUUCUGCACGUCUGGACGUCUAAAUCGCCCUCCCCGAACACACACUUGCAUCCGCCUGUCUGUCUGCCAUCUGUGUGUGAAGCCAUUGGGGCAUGUGUGUGAUCCUGUGUGCCCGUCUGGGGGUGACAGCCGCACUGAAGCCACACCUGCUACAAACACAGAGCACCAUCGAAGCAAGGGAAGAGUGGCCAGUAAGCCAACAGCCAGCUGUGACUAUCAAGCAAUCGACUGAGUCAGUCACAAAUACGCAAAAGGCUGUCUGUCUGUCUGUCGCUCGCUGCACACAGGUCUUGAGUCUCUCACGUCAGGACGCCUGUGCGACCUCGAGGAGCUCUUGCAGCUCCCCGCUGCUGUACAUCUCAACCGCUGUGUCGCUCCCACCUGCACACACACCACCACCACCACACACACACACACAGACACUUGUGGACAGAGAGGCAUACGACGCGAUGAGUCAUAUUCAUAUCGAAUCUGCUGACCGAGGAACUCCCCAUUGACAUACAGCUGCGGGAUGGUGGGCCACUCUGAGUACACCUUGAUCCCCUGCCGUAUCCUCUCGUCGCUCAGCACGUCCACCGCCUUGAAGCGCUGCACGCCGCACACUUGCAGCACCUGCAUCAUGGUGUUGCUAAACCCGCACUGAGGCUGCUCGGGCGUCCCCUUCAUAAACACCAACACGGGGUUCUCCCUGACCAAAGCCGCUAUGCGUUCCCUCGUCGCCUCGUCCAGCUGGUCUGCUUCCGGCGGGGAAGGGGCGCUGUCGAGCAGGCUCUCGUAGAGAGCAGAUGUGUGCCGCCGGAGUGCACGUGAUGGCGAUCUCUGGCGUAGGGACGAUGAAUGGGCCGGGAGGGAGAGGGAGAAGGCGUCUGCGAUGGCGGCCAUGCAGCUGAGCACCACAAAAGCCAACUUGAAGAUGCUGGCAGCUGUGAGGCAAGCGGACAGCGGCUGCAUCGUGGAUCUGUGGGGUGAGAUGGAUGAGUGGAUCUGCAGAUGAGCAGGAGCACGGCGAGCAGGCAGCCUCCUUCUGGUCUCGGGAGGAGGUUUUU